AUGUCGCCGUCCUCGUCUGAGUCGUCUCGCCCCGCAACGGCAGAAAGUGGAUAUAUAACACAGCCAGCUCCACUACAAAACACAUAUACAUCAGACUCAAGUAUUCAGCGGUCAUUGAAAUGGUAUGUGCCGUCUGCGCUAUUGAAUUCAGUGGAGCCCCAUUUUAUCCAGCUUGGGGCUGAAGCAGUAUCUGAAAAAGUCCGAGAGUGGACUGCGGAUGCAGAGCGAAAUCAACCUUACGUGAAAAGCCAUAACGUUUGGGGAAAGCGAUAUGACUAUGACCGCCUUAUCACGACCGAAGGCUGGAAACAGCUCGGACAUUGGGGAGCUAGGCAUAGAGUUGUUUCGGCGGGGUACGACCCUGCCUUGGGAUCGCACAGAAGAACAGUUCAAUAUGCAUUAAACUACCUUUAUGCACCAUCUUCAGGGCUUUAUUCCUGCCCAAUUAGCAUGACCGAUGGGGCCGCCUUUAUCCUGUCUUCAAAGAUCGGCAGCUUACCAUCAACUCACCCAUUUCAUGCCGUAUUCAAGGGCCUUACUUCUGAAAAUGAGGAUCACUGGACCUCGGGUCAAUGGAUGACUGAGAGGGCCGGUGGCAGCGAUGUCCAGAAUACGGAGACAUGGGCGACGUACUCCCCAUUGCACAAGGUUUCGGGGUCCGAUCCCCUUGGAGAUGGAGACUACUUAAUUAAUGGGUUCAAGUUCUUCUCAUCUGCUACAGAUGCGAAUGUUUCCCUUCUACUUGCCAAAUCUCCAUCGGGAAAAUUGAGUACAUUUUUGGCGCCCCUCCGAAGAACAGUUAUGAACGAGGAUGGGACUUCUCGGCAGAUCUCGAAUGGCGUGAGGAUUCAUCGUUUGAAGAACAAGUUGGGAACAAAGGAGUUGCCAACCGCAGAACUUGAAUUGAAAGACAUGCGCGCUCAUCUCGUUGGCGAGCUGGACCAGGGAAUUGUCACCAUCGCACCUCUUCUCAAUGUGACUCGUAUUCACACUUUCGUGGGUUCUCUCUCUGGCUGGCGGCGCGCGAUCAGUAUCACCAAGAGCUUUGCUAGAGCCAGGUCUACCGUUGGUGAGCCUUUAUGGUUGAUUCCUAUGCAUCUACGACUUCUGGCAGAUUUGGAAGUGAAGCACCGUGGUGGCAUGAAUCUUGCCUUCUUUACCAUUGCGAUCAUGGGGCAAGUUGAGAACCAAGGCUCGGAGCCUUCUGCGCUUGCACACUUGCCCCACCCUGGUAAAGAGGCAAAUGUUGUUUUCCGUAUCCUGACGGCCACCGCCAAGGCCGUGGUUAGUAAAAUGACCGUGGCGGGAAUUCAAGAAUGUCAGGAAUCCAUGGGAGGUGUGGGCUACAUGGAUGAGCCUGAUGAACCUGAAUUCAAUGUAUCACGGAUAUUCCGCAAUAAUGCCGUGAACUCCAUCUGGGAGGGAACCACCAAUGUGCUCGCGAGCGAAGUGGCUCGUUUCUUAUUGAAAGCUGACAACUUGGGCACAUUUGAUGCGUGGCUCAAUCGUACACUGGCUUUGAUUCAGGUUACCAGCUUACACGAAACGUUGGCCACUGCGUGGUUAAAUCUGAAAAGCCGACUUUCAACAAAAAACCAUGCCCCUGCUGAAAUUCUGGCCGACGCUCGUCGCUAUAUGUUUACUUUGGCCUGGAUCAUCUGUGGCACACUACUGGCUCUAGAUGCUGAACGUGAUCAAGAUCCAGUCAGUAAGGAGAUCGCUCGUCGCUGGAUCCUCAAGGCCGAGGGUGGGGUUGGAGAUAUGGUGUUUCAUGAUAUUGUUACAGCUCAAGGAGUUUUCUGCAAGAGUGAUGAACAUAUUGAAUGGGACUGCAGGAUUGCCUGGGGUAUUGAGCUCCCAUCACAGCGUGCAAGUGGCCAUCGAUCUCUUCAAAAGGCAGACUCGAAAAUUUGA